AUGAUAGAAGCCUUCGGAGCAGCCGUGGAGGACGAGCCGCUGGGCUUCGAGCACAUGGGUUUGGAUCUGCGGCUCCUCCAGGCCAACACGGACCUGGGCUGGUCCAGACCCACACUGAUCCAGGAGAAGGCCAUCCCACUGGCCCUGGAAGGCAAGGACCUGCUGGCCCGGGCCCGCACCAGCUCCAGGAAGACCGCGGCCUAUGCCGUGCCCCUGCUCCAGCACCUGCUGCACCGGAAGGAGACGGGGCCUGUGGUGGAGCAGGCCGUGCAGGGGCUUAUACUGGUGCCCACCAAGGCCCAGCAGGCCCAGACUAUGAUCCGGCAGCUGGCGGCCUACUGUGCCCCCGACGUGUGGGUGGUCAACGUGUCCGCCGUCAAGGACUCCGCGACCCAGAGGGCCCUGCUGAUGGAGAAGCCAGACGUGGUGGUGGGGACCCCAUCGCGUGUGCACAGCCACCUGCAACAGGGCGGCCUGGUCCGGCGGGACUCCCUGGAGCUGCUGGUGAUGGACGAGGCCAACCUGCUCUUUUCCUACGGCUUUGAGGAGGAACUCAAGAGCUUGCUCUGCCAGCUGCCCCGAAUCUACCAAGCCUUCCUAAUGUCGGCUAACUUCAAUGAGGACGUGCAAGCUCUCAAGGAGCUGGUCCUGCACAAUCUGGUGACGCUGCUGCAAGAGUCACAGCUGCCGGGCCCGGAGCGUCUACAGCAGUUCCAGGUGCUGUGUGAGGCGGAGGAGGACAAGUUUCUCUUGCUUUAUGCCCUGCUGAAGCUGAGGCUGCUUCGGGGGAAGUUGCUGCUGUUCGUCAACACCGUGGAACGGAGCUACCGCCUCCGCCUCUUCCUCGAGCAGUUCAGCAUCCCCGCCUGCAUGCUCAAUGGCGAGCUGCCUCUGCGCUCUAGGUGCCACAUCAUCUCCCAGUUCAACCAGGGCUUCUACAACUGCAUCAUUGCGACAGAUGGGGUGAUUCGCUGUGAGCGAGCCCGCAGAGGAGAAAGGGCUUCGGAUCCGGAGGCGGGGGUGGCCCGCGGCAUCAACUUUCACAAUGUGGCAGCCGUGCUCAACUUUGACCUGCCACCCUCCCCUGAGGCCUACGUGCACCGAGCGGGCAGGAUGGCGCGCGCCGACAACCCAGACACAACCCUGACCUUCGUGCUGCCCGCAGAGCACCCGCAGCUGGCACGGAUCGAGGAGAUUCUCGGAGGAGAGAGCGCGGAGCCCGUCCUGCAAAACUAUCAGUUCCGCAUGGAGGAGAUCGAGGGAUUCCGCUACCGCUGCCAGGACGCCAUGCAUUCUGUGACGAAGCAGGCCAUCCGUGAGGCUCGGCUGAAGGAGAUCAAAGAGGAGCUGCUCCACUCGGAGAAACUCAAGAUGUACUUCGAAGACAACCUGCGGGACCUGCAGCUUCUGCGCCACGAUCAGCCCCUGCACCCAGAUGUGGUGAAGCUGCACCUCAGCCACGUCCUCGACUACCUGAUCCCCCCGACUUUGCGUGGCAUCGCCCGCCCCCACAGCAGGCGGAAAUGCAAGAGGCCUUUGUCUUCCCAGAAGGGCUUCGAGACUCACAGGCCCAAGAACCCUCUCCGCACCUUCAAGUAUACCGGGAAGAAAUCCCCCGCAGCCAAACCUUCCUGAGCCCC